UAAAUUUUUUAAAGAAACACCAGUCUGAAAUAUCAAGUAGCAAAACAAGCUGUUUUGUACAGAAUAUCUCUCCAGAUUCUGAUGAAACAGAGGUUUUGCACACGACUCUCAAACACAAGACCAGUAACCACGUCACAGUUUCUGAUAAGAGAAAGUGAAAGUGAAGAGCUUUACUCUCUCUCUCUCUCUCUCUCUCUCUCUCUCUCUCUCUCUCUCUCUCUCUCUUUCUCUCUCUUUCUCUCAUGAUGGCCGAAGCCAGUAUUCCAGUGGCUCAGGAUGAGUUCUCGUGUCCGGUGUGUCUGGAUCUCCUGAAGGAUCCAGUGGCUAUUCCCUGUGGACACAGUUACUGUAAGAUCUGUAUUACAGACUGCUGGGAUCAGGAGGAUCAGAAGAGAGUCUACAGCUGUCCUCAGUGCAGACAGACCUUCAGUCCAAGACCUGCUUUAUCUACCAAUGUGCUGCUGGCAGAAAUGCUGGAGAAACUGAAGAAGACCAGACUCUCUGAUGACUGUUCCUCUGGAUCUGGAGAUGUGCAGUGUGACGUCUGUACUGGGAAGAAACACAAAGCCGUCAAGUCCUGUCUGGUGUGUCUGAACUCUUACUGUCACAAUCACCUCGAGCAACACGAGAGCUUCUUCAGAGGAAAGAAACACAAACUGACCGAAGCCACUGGACGACUGCAGGAGAUGAUCUGCACUACACAUGAAGAACCGCUGAAGCUCUACUGCAGAACCGACCAGCGCUGCAUCUGUUAUCCGUGUGUGAUGGAGGAACACAAGAACCAUGAAACUGUGACGGCAGAAGCAGAGAGGACAGAGAAACAGAGGGUCCUGAAGGAGACACAGAAGACGCUCCAGCAGAGAAUCCAGCAGAGAGAGAAAGAUCUCCAGCAGCUGAGAGAGACUGUGGAGUCUCAUAAGCGCUCUGCACAGACAGCAGUGGAGGACAGUGAGAGGAUCUUUACUGAGCUCAUCCGCUCCAUUGAGAGAAGCCGCUCUGAGCUGAUACGACUGAUCAGAGAUCAGGAAAAAACUGCAGUGAGUCGAGCUGAAGAACGACUGGAGCGACUGGAGCAGGAGAUCAAUGAUCUGAGGAGGAGAGACGCUGAGCUGGAGCAGCUUUCACACACACAGGAUCACAUCCAGUUCCUGCAGAGUUUCUCCGUUCCUCCUGAAUCCACAGAGCAGCCCGUCACCAUCAGCUCUCACUUCUCUUUCACUGACCUGGAGAAAUCAGUUUCUAGACUCAAAGACAAACUGGAGGAUUUCUGCAAAGAAGAGAUUGAACAGAUUUCUGGCAGAGUGACAUACAUCGAAAUCAUUCCCCUCGAGGAGUUGAAGACCAGGCCAGAGCUUCUGCGAUAUUGCAGGUUUCUCACUCUGGAUCCAAACACAGUGAAUGAAGACAUCCAUCUGUCUGAGCGAAACAGAGCGGCUCUAAGCACUGAAACAGUCCAGUCGUAUCCUGAUCAUCCAGACAGAUUUGAUUGUGUGUGGCAGGUGUUGUGUAGAGAGAGUGUGUGUGGACGCUGUUACUGGGAGAUUGAGUGGAGUGCUGGUGAUGGUGUGGAUAUAUCAGUGUCAUAUAAGAGCAUCAGCAGGAAGGGAGACGGUGAUGAGUGUUGGUUUGGAUGUAAUGAUCAGUCCUGGAGUCUGGACUGCUCUCCUGACAGUUACUUAUUCAUACACAAUAAGAUACAGACCGCUUUCCCUGUAGAGUCCAUCAUCAGGAAAACAGGAGUGUCUGAUGAUGAUGAUGAUGAUGAUGAUGAUGUCAGGAGAAUAGGAGUGUUUGUGGAUCACAGAGCAGGAACUCUGUCCUUCUACAGUGUCUCUGACACAAUGAGCCUCAUCCACACAGUCCAGACCACAUUCACUCAGCCGCUCUACCCUGGGUUUGGUGUUUAUAAAGGAUCAUCAGUGAAACUGUGUGACCUAACAGCAGAGAUGGAUACUUGAGUCACACACAAGUCACAAAAGAACACAACUUGAACACAAGAGCAAGUCAAGAUGCAGGGUGUUUUUUGUGACUUGUGUUGUCUGUAAGAAACAUAACACCUGACUCGAGACUUGACUUUGAUUUGAAGACUGACUGGUGAAAAACACUAGUUAUUCUGGUAUGGCAUUGCUGAUUAUGUUCUGGGUUUAACAGCAUCAACACCAUAUUCUUCUGUUGACUCCUCAUUCAUCAAAUGUGCCCAUAACAAUUCAUCUGUAAACACACAUUCUGCAUCAUUAUACACAUGUGAUGCAUCUGAAGGCACACAUCUAUCACACACUGGAAAAGUGUGGUUAUAUAAAUGAACAACUAACAAUAACAGUACAGCAAAGUUACCUUGAAAAUUCUUUAGUAUUUGGAGAAACA